GACGAGGUUGCUCUAUGCACUAAGCAGCCCUCCCUUUCAGGAGAAACAGAUCAGGAGUUUCGAUUUUUCCUUGCGCAAUUGGUUGAUGACUAUAACCACAACACUGAGCUGUAUUGUGAGCACUGUAAUCAGUUCUUUCCCGCAGCCUGUCUCACGAAGAAACACGAGAUUCAUUGCCUUGACAACCCUGGUCGGAAACAUUUGGAGUCAGACUACUGCAAGCAUUGUGGAGAUUGUUUCUUUCCUUUGAACCACCAGAACUACGGAGGAAAUAAAAAAUGGCUGGCCUGCCAAAAAGCUCAUCUUUCUGUGUGCCCGAAAAAUCCACACGCUGCACAGAUGGUACAAGAACAAGAUAUGAAACUCCAACGCAAGAUGGCUU